AUGGAGGAUAUCGAUUUUCGAGUUGUGAAUGCAGUGAACGAUAGCUGGGAUCAAAUCAAAAGGAUACCAAACUACGAUGCUGUUGCAGGAGAGAUACUGUUCCGAAAAAUCUUUGAGAUUGCUCCACCAGCUCUGAACAUGUACAGCUUCGGCUCAGAGUUUGUUGGAAGAGAAGGCGAGCUAUACAAAAGCCCGGCCUUUAAGGCACACAGCUCGGGAGUCGUCAAGACACUCGACGCUGCUGUCGGCAUGCUUGGUCCUGACCUCGAAAUCGCGGCCAAGGUUUUGGCUGAUUUGGGCGCCAAGCACGUUGCAUAUGGCGUUUUGCCAGCUCAUUAUGGCAUCGUUGGAGAAGCUUUGUUGCACACAUUGGAAACUGCACUGGGCGAUUCGUGGACGCCAAAUGUCAAGAAAGGUUGGACUGUGAUCUAUGCAUUCCUAUCAACUGCAAUGCUGGCGGGAUCUAACCGCCGGAUGGAUAAGGUGCAUCGGCGCAAGGCUCGGCUAGCAAAGGUGAAUGGAGAACCGGUGCCAACAUUGAAAGACACCACAGCGAGAGGAGUAUCCAUACCUGGUGAAGUAUUGACAGAGCUGGAAGAAUCUUCAGCUCUAACACCAGCAGCGCGUCGAAGACUAGAAGACCUUGCAGAAUGCCUUCGGACCGGCGAGGAUGGGUCCGAGUCGCCAUCUACUAGAGGGCCAGCGGCGGAUGACCAAACGGAAACUACAACUUCUUGUAGUUCAGACGAAGAAGAUGAUGCUGUUGAUGUCGAUUACUCCAAGAUGGUGGAAAUUGUUUCUACAUCCUGGGAGACCGUGAAAAAGAUGCCAAACUGUGAAGAAGUUGCAGGGGUGUUGCUUUUCAGAAACAUUUUCGACAUCGCCCCACAAGCAAAAGAUCUCUUUGCAUUCUCUGCAUUGUACAAAAACAAUGAUGAGGAAAUUUUCAAGGAUCCGGCCUUCCUUAGGCAUGCACGGGGAGUAGUCGCGAUGCUUGACGCCGCCGUCAACCUGCUCGGCCCAGAUCUCGAACCAGUGACAAGAACCUUGAAGCAUUUGGGAGCGCGGCAUACUCAAUAUGGCGUCGUCGAAGCGCAUUAUCCGAUUGUUGGGGAAGCCUUGCUGAAGACAUUGGAGACUGCAUUGGGGGACCAAUGGACAGCAACCGUAAAGCAAGGCUGGGUUUCAAUCUUCACCUUUAUAUCAACGACUAUGCUGAAUGGAGCGGAACAGUCGAUAUCAGAGAGCCUAGAGGAUCAGCUGGAACUGUAG